AGUGACACUAUUUGUAAAAAGAAUUGGAGUAGUGAAAAGUACUUCGCCGUCGUAUAAUAGAACCCUCACCAGAAAGUGGAAGCAACGCAGAAGAGCGGCUUUCAUGAUACCUCAUUUUACAUUCUGUGCACUAUGUGUCAUAUGUGCGAACAAUCAACGUAGUUCUUUCAAGUUCAACGUCUCGAAUGCACUUCAUUCAGUCCAAAUUAGCACUUUGAUCAAAUCGUGAGAAAAGGAGUCGGAAGCUGGGAGCUGGUAAUUUCUUUAACCGUAGUACAAUCAUAGCCGCGCCAGAAUGAAGUUCGGUGAUCUCCUGAAGACGAUCGGUUUGGUGAACAAAGUGCCUAAAAAUUUUACAAGUGCUGCUGGCCAUAAUGGACAAUUCGCUGAUGGUUCUGCGGCGAAUGUUGACAGGAUUUUCCAUGCUUUUCCACCUCAUCGCCAUUAUCACAAUCCAUAUUUAGGUCCUACCGGAAUUGGAGCGACUGCAACUGGAUACCAUCCAAUGGUGUAUGGACCACGCGGCUACGGAUUAAAAUUGGGUGUUGGUGGGGGUGCUACCGGUCACGGACACAGCGCUCCGGCAGGUGUUGGCCACAAUGACUACGGACAGAACGGAUAUGGCGUUCCGCCACACCACGGAGGCAGCGCCGGUGAAUACGAUUACGGACACUCGUCCUUCUCCAAACACAAGUCAAAAGCAUCCUCGGCUAUGUCCGCUUUAACUUUGUUAUCAUUCUUCUUUUUUAUCAACCUCCUGCAGAGUUGUCUCAAAGAGCACAUGGAGGCCAUGAAUCCAACUGUAAUGGUUAUGACUACUGGCGUGGCUCGAAUUCGGGGUAACAAAUUUAAGGAUUUAUAUCGUCCGAGCUCAAAGGAAAUUUCCGCCGAUGAACAAGACCAGGAAGAAAAAUUUGAGUCACGGCGACGGCCUGGUGAAUGGGAGGAAGCUACGAGUGAAAUGAAUUCUAGGACAGAUGAUGGUGAAAGGUUUAUGUACCCUAAUAGGACAGCAGCAGGAACGAAACAACGCCAUGAUCAUUACCAUCCCUCAUUUGGUAAUGGAAACGAUGAGCUGGGACAUCCUGUGGACCAAAUUCGAACGAAAUUACCAAAUGAUUAUUUCAAGGAUGGCAGCACCCAUUACACCAGAAUUUAUCGAUAAUUAUGUCUUAAUUAAAAAGUGUAGUUAUUGAAAUAUA